AUGAUAUCCCAAUUACAACAACAAUUACAACAUCAAUCUAGACAUUAUACAUUUGAUACUUCAGAGAAUAAUACUAAUCUUUCACAAUUUUGUUUAAAUUUACCGGAAUUCAAUACUACUAUACAUACUAUAUCUGAAUAUGAUAAAAAUAUUCUUGAAAAUAAUCAACAAUCAAUUGAACAAGGAAAAUUGAAUAUUAAUAAUGAUAAUGUUAAUCCUAUUGGUAAUGGAGAUAUUAAACCUAAAAUUUGUACUACAAUUAGUUCGACCAGUACUACUACCACUACUACUAAUAGUACCACUAUUGAUGAGAUUGUUAACUCUACUGAAAAUAUUAAACAAAGUUCUAGUAUUAUUAAUCAUUGUUUGUCUAAAAAGAAUAAAUUGGAUAAUCAACUUAAUGAUUAUAAUAAAUCAAUAUCUAUCAAUUCAAGUCUUCCAUAUAGACUUUGUUAUUCACCGAAUACUACUACUACUACUAUUACUAUAUGUGAUAAAAAUAAUAUUGAAUUCAAUGAAGAAAUAUGUUAUACUACAAAAUAUCCUCGACUACAUGAUUCUUUAUCAGAAUCUAAUAAGCAUAACAACAGUAAUAUAACUGAUAAUAAUAAUGAUCGGAAUAUUUUAGACCAAACAGGUUAUACUGCCGAUAUGAAACCACAGCAUAUUACAAGUCCUAUGAGACCAAAUUCAGCGUAUCCUUUUAAUAAUUUGUCUCAUUCAGAUUGUCCACCAUCCUCUUCCUCUUCCUCUCUCUCGUCAGUAUCAUCAACUGUAACAACAGCUAAUAAUAUGAGAGAUUUCAGUUCCGAUCAAUCACCUCCAUCUAAUAGGGAAAUGAAGUCGAAUCAACAUGCCCAUUUUCACCAAACACAUCAUCAUAACCAACAUCAAGCACUUUCAAUGGAUUCAGGAGAUACUGGACUUCCAUUUGAUCCAAUCACUCAACAAAGUCUUUCUGCUGCUGCAUCUUCGUUUGUGAAAUCAUUGACCGGUUUCAAUUUUAACAGUUCAACAGCAGGUCUUCUGUUUCCGAAUCCUCCACUCACUUCACUCUCAUCGAAUUCAACAUCUGGAUUGAAUCAAAAUGGUCCUCCAUUACCACAUCCAUAUGCUUCGCAGCCACCAUUACUGUUCAAUGGUGUAAGCUGUUUAUCAAAUACAAUGCAUCAUUUACGAUCUAGUUCAUUAAAUCGUACUGCUACCAAUAUUAAUCCAUAUGCAAUUAGUCAUGAUAUUUCAUUGAGUAAUAUACAAUCACCUUGUAGUCCAGAAUCAUUACAUUCUUUGUCUACAGAUGAAAGUCCAUCAUCUGGUGGAAUAAAGCAUGCUUCAUUGACUGGAACAACUGGUCAUUACUCAGCGAUGACAACAGCAAUAACAACAACAACCACAGCCAGUUCAUGUCCCACACCAGCUAGAAGACGUCAUCGUACAACAUUUACACAAGAUCAACUACAAGAGUUGGAAUCAGCUUUUCAAAAAUCUCACUAUCCAGAUAUUUAUUGUCGUGAAGAAUUGGCAAGAAUGACAAAAUUAAAUGAAGCACGAAUACAAGUAUGGUUUCAAAAUAGACGAGCUAAAUAUCGUAAACAAGAAAAGCAAUUAGUAAAACAACAACAGCAACAACAUGAACAUAGACAUAUUCAACAUUUACAAUAUAAUCAACCAUUUCAUAGUUUGCGUAAUACAUAUCAAUCACCUAGUCAAGGUUCUCAUCUUUAUUCUUAUACACAUUCAAAUAUUUAUAAUGGAAAUUCUAUAACUAUGACACCAAAUGGAGUUGUUAACAGUCAUUCAUUGUUUGACAGUAGUAAUAAUAAUAAUAACAAUGACAAUAGUAAUGUCAAUAAUGGUAGUACUAGUAUUAGCACUGAUGGUGGACUUCCAUAUUCUUCUUGUAUGCCACUUCCAGCUAGCUUAAUCGGUACGUCUACAUUAGGUAUUCCACCAGGUCUAACCAACACAAAUACUUUAAUGAGCUAUUAUGGAUCUAAUUUACCUUAUAUGUCUAAAAAAGUGUUUUCACCUACAUUUAACUCGGGAUAUCCGUCAUAUAAUUCACUCUCACCUCAUACUAACAAUGUUAAUGAUAAUAAUACUGGACCAAGACGGGGUAAUAUUUUUCCUAUAGCUACUUCUCCGAUUUCAAACAGUUUGGAGGUAACAUCAACAUCACUUUCGAUAAAUAACGAAUUAUCCAGCCAGACUGAUUCACAUUCUACUCAACCCUCACAAUCACAACAACAACCACCAAUGCAGCAUUCUAUAAUAACAACACCUCACUUUUCUAAUAAUUCUGUAUCAUUUUUACCAGAUUUAUCUUCUGGACCACUGAUGCAGCGAGCCGCUGCUGCGGCUGCCGCAGUUGCUGUCGCAGGAAUUUGUCAGGCACAUACAACAAUUUCUUUGUCAAAUACUCCACAACACUUACAACAACGUACAGAAAAUGCAUCUGAUGAACAAAAUAACUAUUCAAUACAACAAUCUAAUAAUUAUCGAGUAAAUUUUUCACCUACACCUUCUUAUCGAUAUUUCAAAAGUCAAAAUAUUUGUGAGCAAUUAAAACAAACAAUCAGUUCAAUUGAACCAAAUAUAAAUAUUUCUUCGAAUGAUUUAUUUGUUAAUGAAAUAGAAAAUCAAAAAUUAUUGCAAUUGUCACAUGGUCAUCAACAUAAUCACCAAUUAAAUCAAAAUGUAACGGUUGAUGAAGCUUGUGAAUUUCCGAAACAAAAAACUUCAGAUCAAACGCAAUUAAACACAUUAUUCCCAUACAGUAAAAAUAAUUUUAACAAUAAUAACGCGCAAUUUUUUAUUCCAUCAUUUUCUUCAGAAUACAGAAGUUCAUUGAAUUCCAGUCUGAUUACUUCAACAAGUACUGUAGCUUCGAAUACAGGUACAAAUGUACAUGCCACAUUAUCACCAAUAAGUGCUUCAGUAGAAGAUAUUAUCCCAGAAGAAACUACAACAAGUAUAAUUUCAUUAAGUAAAAUAGCAAAAUUAAGAAAUCUAAGUAAAAUAAGUAGUAACUAUCAUAGUCACUAUUUAGAAAAUACGGAUAAUUCUGCAAAUAAUUCAACAUUAACAAUUCCUAGACAGGAAGGUUCGUCGAACUCAAUGGGAUUAACAUCAUCUUCAUUAGCUUCACUACCUUCAUUAUCAAUGUCUUCACCAUCAUCAUCAUCUAGCCGAUUAUUAGGACGCAAUUUUCCACAAUCACAUUAUAUAAGAAAUCGCAGUCAUAUUUCUGAUGACAGUAAUGUAAGUAAUAUGUAUGUCAGUAAUGUAGACUCUCCAUAUAUUAAUACGACAAACGAUACGAGUACAUCAACUGGGCAACUGGAAUACGAGGCAGUAAAUACAAACGGAAACACUAAUGAGAGUAACAAUGCACCAUUGGACAAUGAACAUAACUCCAGGGUCUAUCACAACCAAAUAUCUGGCCUUAUACAAUUAAAUGAAAAUAAUUCAUCAUCCAAUAUCCCCAGGUUUCUACCGAACAUAGAAACUGAAGAUACAUCUGUAGUUGACGAAACACAAUCUAAUCUGAAAAAUGUUCCCAUAAGUACCAUGAAUACUACCUUCACAAAUAUUUAUUCACACUUAGAAAAUUCAGGAGGUUCAACAUCUUCAGAAUGGUGUAGGACAACAAGAGAUGAAUUUCAAAAUCUACACUCAAAUCAACAUUCUAACGGCGGUACUAUUGAUUCAGUACUUCGAUAUCGAAUGUAA